ACGAAGGACUUUCGAUAAAAGACUAUGACAGAAAUCAGCUGAUCGGCGCACCGCCAGCGCACCGCGCCGAGCGGUGUUGGCUUUGGAGAAGAAAACGUGCGGCCUGUGUGCCAGACAUCAAGGAUUCGUUUUGGGCAAUCUGUUACGCUUCUUUAGAUAAACAAAGGCUUUUUAUAUGAAUUUUUUGCUAAGGAUCUUAAGUGUCUGAAAAAUGAGUGUGACCAGGGAACUUUACAAAUUUGGCGCUUCGAGUAUUGCCUCCCUCCAGAGCAGACUCCCAAAUAGUGAUGGCUUCUUUUUUACAAUCACUAAAGUGUCAGAUCCUGCAUACGCAUUUUCUGUGUUGGUGCCAUUAGCUGCUGGUAUCCACACAUUACUUGCUGCUGACCUUCUUGUUGCAUCAUUAGUUGCUGAAUGGUCCAACACACUUCUGAAAUGGUUGCUGAUGGAAGACCGACCUUACUGGUGGGUUCGGGAAGUUGAAUUGACAGGAUUACGAACCCCAACCCUACGACAGACUCCUCUGACCUGUGAAACAGGACCAGGUAGUCCUUCUGGUCAUGUUAUGGGAGCUACAGCUGUGAUGUAUGUUUUGCGUGAGUGGAUAGAGCACUAUUACAUUAUUCCUCAUGAGGAUCUUAGUGCAUACUGGUUCCAGCGAGCUCUUGGAAUAGAUCCGCAAUGGAGUGUUCGGCUAGCCUUCAAAUGGUGUGAACAUGCUGAGUAUCUCCAUGUCGAUACUACACCUCUCUAUUCCCUAGUUCGUGACUCUGGUGCUGCAAUUGGAGUAGCACUAUCUUCUCCUGUUCACAGACCACAGGUACUUCGUGGCAGCUAUGUGAUACGUAUUGGUCUGGCAGGUGCUACUGUUCUGCUCUUUCAAUCACUGAGUAGUGCCAUCCCCACCCAACAAGCAGUUGUCUUCUAUUUGCUCCAUUGCCUACUACAAGGACUGCAGGCUUGGGCACUUCUAUGGUUACUGCCAAAAAUUGCUAACUUGUUGCCUUGGCAACCACGGCAACGGCAGCAAUCCAAAAAGCAAAAACUGCCACCAAAACAAGAGUAACAGAAAUACAAAGCAUGCAUUCUAUUUCAUAGAUCAUGACUUUGAAAGAGCACAAGGGAAAAUGUGAUAUUGGUAGUUUAUUAAAAAAAUCAUUUUCUGUACCUUUCAGCUCAUUUUAAGUAAUUUAUUUUGAGUGUUAAUUUUUCAUUAUACUGUCAGUUCAAAUGUUGAUUUUCUUAAAUAUACCAAACUACAGGAGAAAGGGUUCAGUAAAGGUUCAUGUGACCUAGGAUUUAUCUUCAGUAUUAAUUGCAGCUGAAAACAUGAAAUAGCAAAAAGUUGUGAAUUGAAAAAUGAUAAAAACAGUAUUCCUGAAGAGAUAUGCAGUCAUUAGACAAGGUAUUAUAUAUUGUGAAGUAUGACCUAAGGCAAGCCUGCUGAUAAUUGGCUCUGUGUCAACAUGAACCUUAAUAAUUUGGAUCCAACAUUUUGAAAUUCUUGUAAAAUUGACUUAAUAUUUCUUUAAAAACUAAAACUUCAUCAAUUCUUCCUCUUACACUUACAGAAGGGAUGCACACCAAACUUAGUAUUGUCAACAGCAGAAUUUAUAACAUUUUCUCGUACUCUGCCCUGAAACUGGGCUUCACCAUUUCCAUUGCUCUUACUUAAAGGAUUUUUGCCGUCCAACAAGCACUUUUGUCUGUUUGCUUCUCUGCCUAUUGGGUUGACCUUUUCUGUUGCCUUCUAAUCUUCAUGAGAUUCUUCUGAAUCUCUUGUGAGUGAAAUCUUGCUGACUUCCUGCUGAAAAGUGACCAACGUUAAAUGGAGCUUGUCUUUCAUUUUGCUGGAAUAUUGUAUCUAUAUUCAAAAACUUGGUCUCAGUCAGCUUUUAAAUGGCAUGCACUGUCAUAUUUGGCUAUAAGUGAAGAAAAUCUUGCAUGACAGCUUUAUUUUUUGAGAACACAAAGUGUCUCGCUAGUCUGUUUCAUCAGUUGUAGCAUUCUUGUUCUAUUUGUCUUAUUGCAAGACCUACUUGUGCAGUAAUUUAUGUUGAUCUUUUUAAAAGAAAAUACAUGUUCUGCCAUAAAUUAUCACAAAUAAAAUGAGAUGAAAUAUUUAAUUUUUCAAUUUAAUUAAAUGUUUGAUCAUUUGCGAAUUAGUCUUUUAAUAUCUGCCAUUCACAAUUCUUUAAAUGAAUUUUAUUUUUCAUAAGAUCAAAAUUGCUUUUUCAUGGUAAUUCAUUUUAAGUUUUAUUUAUGUAGGAAACAAUUAUAAGAUGACUUCUGAACAAUCAACAAAAGAAUUUCAUUAUGUAAGAAUGGUGACUCCAACAACUUUGUGCAUUUCAAAAUUGAAAUGUUAUGUGUGACUUAUUCUAAAAGAUGAUAUUUUUUGUAAACAUAAAUAUAUUUGUACAAUACAGAAUAUUGAAUUCAAAGGGAAAAUUGUCAAAAAAUGAUUAUUUCUUUUCAAAAUAAUAUUGUUCAUUAAAUGAUAUAAACUGUUCAAAAGUCAUUAAGGAACUUUUCAUAUAAAUUAAAAAUAAGAUUUUUUUAUAAACACAAUGAAACUAAUAUAAAAUAAGGAAUACAUUGUUUCUUAUAUUUAUCAGAGCUCGGUACAAAAUUAUGUAUAUGUAGAAUUUUUAUUUUUUUAAAAAUAGGAUGACAAAUUAGCAGAUGUUGAUUAUCAUUCCUUUUUAAAGUAAGUAUCUUAAUGAUACUUAUUUUUAAUGUCUUAGUGAUAUAAAUUAUUUUAUUGUUAGUCUUCUAGAUACUAUGAAAAUGUACUUUGAUGUGUACUUUCUUUUCUUGAAUACUACCUUGAAAUAAAAUUCCACAGUGAAUUUCAUAAGUAAUCCUAAGGGUUCAAUUAAUCCAAAACAUGUCACAAAUUCUAAAAUUAACUUUUUCUGAAUUGUUGAUUUUUUCGGUUUCUAUUUUAUUUAUUUGUUUUUUCAAUUUAAAAUAAUUAUAUAAUAUUUCAAUUGAUUAGAGUAGUCCAGUUGGCAUUAAAUACUUUCUGAAUGAAAUAAAAAUUGUUUUUUUGCUAUCUGAAAGAGUAAGUUAAUUAAGUUAUUAAUAAAUUGACUUACUGUAUGAAAUUGUGUUAUUUUCAUUUGAAUUAAAAUACUUAAUAUUAAUGAAUUGUUUUGCAACUUUAUAGCUAUGAGCCAUUAAUUGAACAUUCAAAUUAAAGAUUGGCUUUCAGUGGUUUCUUGUUGUCUUCCAGAGUGCUACUGUUCGUAGUUCAUUUUGUUCAUUUGUUCACCAGUGCAUGAAUGGAACUGAUCGCUUUAACUACUUGGGUGUACACACAUACACUUCUGUUGAAAAUCUAUUUACAAUCAAAUUAUGCCCUUACUUUUAAUUCACACAGAAAAUUAUUUUCUUAUCUUAUGGAUUUUAAUUUCAUUUAAAAGAAAAGAUAAAGCUUAAAUUCAUAAAUUUUCUCUAAACUUUUAAUAUUAUUAAAUAUAUGUAUGUAAUAUUUUAAGUUCAAUGAGCCAGUAGUAUUCAAAUAUAUUUCAAAAAUGAAUAAACAUUUUAUGGAAAAUAAACUAUGUUAGGAUUACUUACUCUUAUGCACAUUAUACUGCACUGCAUGUUGAUCACCUGUUGAAGUGACAUGUGCCCAAAAUUUUGGAGAUUGUCCACGUGAAAGUUCAAAUUAAAUACAAGAACUCUUUAUCAUUUUGCCGAAUUGCAAGACUGAGAAAUGAAUAAAGUGCUCAGCAAUGGUGGCUUUUUGAAACCGAUAGAAAUUUUUCGUAAAAUUUACAUCAACAAAAGUCUUAAAGAGAGCAUCCAGUUCCUUUUUAGAUGACCAUUUACUUGAAUGUCACAUUAUUUAUUACAUCUUUUUUACCUGAUAAAACUAAUUUAAUUUUAGAUUCUGCACUAAUUAAAUUAGAAGAAACUGUAUGGAAUUACAUUAAUACCAUUUUAAAACAUUGUUUAAUUAAUUAAGUUUAUAAAAUUUAUAUUUAAUUAUUAUUUGAUAAACAUACAGCUGAUAGAGAUUCGAAUAUCCAUUAUUGUCAACUUCUUAGUCAGAUUUUCCAUAUUUUUGAAAGCUCGUGAUAAGCUUAUAAAUAAAUUAUUCAUGUGAAUUUUCAAAUUAAUUACUUAUUAAAGAUUUUUCCUAGCAAAUAAUUGUUUUCCUGCUAAAUCAAAAUAUUUUUUUAUGAUUUUUCUCUUUUGUCAACAACACAACAAAGACAUUGUGUCUGAGAUUAUAAUAAACACAUAUCUCUUUUCAUGUACAAUACUGUAAAAUGUACAAUAUGCAGUCUUCCUAAAGCUUUUGAACUGAUAUUGCAUAAUAUACCUCAGCUACUCAUUUCAAUAUUCAUUUUACACUAAUUCUAUUUAAUUCACAAUUACUUCAAUUUUCUCAUUUGUGUGUUUUGUUGAUAAUUUUAAUUUAAUGUUUGCCAGAAACUGAAGCAAAUUUCAAUGAAGAAAAUAUACAUGGAUUGAAUGUGGAGGUGUAAGUGAAUUGUUAACACACUAAGUUAUUUUGUUAUUGUAUAUUCUGUCAUACAAUAUUCUCUCCAUCAAAAACAUAGAAUCCACUGCACAGAACAUUUACAAAAAUUUUUCAUUUUGUCACACUAUGGUACCAAGUUUAAAGUUAUUACAUUGGAAAAUGUAUUAAUUAAUCUAUUCUUCUACGUAAGCUGUUUCUCCGGAAACACAAUACUAUUGCUUGAUAGAAAAGGCAUGAACUUGUAAACAAUUUGUAAACCUUUCUCUUAAUGGCUUUUUUCUUUUUAUUUCUGAAUUUCUUAGGCAUUUGCUAAAUAUUUACAAAUGAUCAUUAGAAGUUUUAUUUUGUUUUUGGCAUUUAUAUUUCUUACUGUGUAUUGCUUCCUAGAGAGACACUUUAUGAAUAUCCUAGCAUUUUGUUCUCCAUUAAUAUGGAUGGAUUUAAUGUUAGUGCAUUUGUUGAAACAAAGACUAGUCAUGGAUGGUUCAAUCCCUGUUACAUUUAAACUUUAUGAACCUUUAAUUUGAUUGUUUCAUUAUUUCAAAACGGAACAAAACUGCCUUUGUAUUAUAUUGCAUGUUGAUUUGAUUAAUGUACAUUUUUGUUUUUACAGUUGGCACGGUGCCAUUUUCAUCGUAUUCUGUAAAACAAUUGUUGGAAAACUUUUUUUUUUUCAUAAAACUAUAUUCUAAUGUCUUUGCAAUAUAAAAGUGCUGUCCAGCAAAUGUAUAAGAUGUGGUUUUCCAUUUACAGCCCAGCUCUAAAUAUGUAAUGAUCUUAUGAUUGCAUAAUCACUGUGCAGUUAUCUCAUGCAAUCCCACUUGUUUGACACUGGAUCCUCUUCGUUACAUUUGAAUGUUCUCAUGUAGUUGUUUGUAACCUAGUUAUUAGAAUUUUAUGAAGAAUUUUAAUUGUAUGUAGGGCAACCACUAUUUUUGAGAAUAUCUAUGGGAAAUUGUAAUGAAAAGCUAAAUGAAACAGAAAUCUAAUUUUUGAGGGAAGGAGGGCCCACAAACAUUUUGUAAGAUGUAGGUGGCUAGUGAUAUAAGAGUAGGUUGAAAAAUCUGUGUUUGAUUCUUAUAUUAGGUGUUUAUUAUACAUUUUUACUUGUUGCAGCAAAUUAUACAUGUAUCUUAAUGCUUCCAAAGAAACAAUGAAAAAAUACAUAUUUUAAGAUUUUUCUGCUGGUAUGUAGUAGGUUAUUGUUUCAUGAUUAAUACAACAAUAUUUAGUAAAAUUUCUCUUUACUGAUAUCUCAAGCAUAAAUGUUUUCCCUGGAAGCUAUGUAUUUUUCAUUUAUGUGUGAAAUUCCAAACAUCUUUGUUUUUGCAUGGAAUGUACUCUUAGAAAGUUGCCCUAGGUUGAGGUAAAUGCACAUCAACUGACAGAGGGUCGAAAAAAAAACUCUUUGAAAUGGGAGUGGGUUAGUGUUUGCUGGUUUCCUCAAUUCAGUGGAUAGUAAUCUACUACAUUGGGUCAAGCAACCAUGGUCUCUAGUGUGUCACAAUCCAGUUGGCAGGAUAUAGCUCAACAUAGUGAUUAUCUGCUGCUUAAAGUCAAAUCCAAUCCAAUUUGUUAAAAUGAUGAGGAAGUUAUCAUGCCAGCUGGAUAUGUAUAUCUAGUGUUUAUGUGAUCCAAACAUUAAAAUCUGCUGAAGUAUUUAUAAAAGUUUUUGAUUGUAUUUUAAAGUGCAAAUGCUUCCAGAGAUACAAUGGGUUCUUAAUUAAUUGCAGAAUGUUCUAAAAAUGCUUCAUUUUUAUUGAAAGUUCUCAUUUCCCAGAUAUAGGGACUUUUCCAAACUGAAAUAAAUAGUAGCAUAUGUAGUUAAAAUUAUUCCCAUCCUGACCAGCAUACUCAGUAUCAGUAAAUUAUUGUACUGCUAUUCCUAAAAAUAUACUUUUCAUCCAGGAAUGUAUGUAGUUUAUCAGUCUUUUAUUAAUGAUCAUUUAGAUACAUUUUAUCCAGCCAUGUGCCAUUGUUACAUUUAUCAAUUUUACAUUGGUGUCAAUGGUUGUUGAUGUUGAUUGUUUGUCACAUUUGAAAGUUCUCUUGUGUGUUAUACAUAGCUGCUUAAUAUCAUACACAACAUAUUCUUAUGAUACUAUAUUUUUAAUACAAUAUUUAUCUCAGUUGCUUUACCUACAAAUUAUUAAAUAUUGUUUUUGAUAUGAUGGUUACAGUAUAUAAUGAUGGAUUAAUUAAUGAAUUUUCCUAUAUCAAUAUAAUGCAAACUUGUACUCUUCAAAAUGCUUCUUUUGUGCUUCAAUUAAUUGAAAUGUUUUCUGUACAAAAAUACAUGAUGAAACAAAAUUUACAUAGACACACCAUUGCCUCAGAUUGAUAAGAUUCUAACUGACAUUUUUGGUGAAAAUGAUGUUUUGAUACAUCGCACCUCCAAUAGAAAAGUGACACAAGUGCGAAUUUGAUUUCUCAGAAAUUGCAAUU